AUGGCUACCAACAGCAUCAAGCUGCUCACCGGCAACAGCUAUCCCGAGCUCGCCAGUCUCGUGGCUGAUAGGCUUGGAAUAGAACUCACCAAGAUCCUGGUACUUCAAUACUCGAACCAGGAGACUUCUGUGACUAUCGGCGAGUCUGUCAGAGACGAAGAUGUCUUCAUUCUCCAAUCUACGCCCCCAGGCGACAUCAACGAUGCUCUUAUGGAGCUGUUGAUCAUGAUCAACGCGUGUAAGACGGCGUCUGCUCGCCGCAUCACCGCUGUGAUUCCAAAUUUUCCCUAUGCUCGCCAGGACAAGAAAGACAAGUCUCGUGCGCCCAUCACCGCAAAGCUCAUGGCCAACAUGCUUCAAACUGCGGGCUGCAACCAUGUCAUCACAAUGGAUCUCCAUGCAAGCCAGAUUCAAGGAUUCUUCAACGUUCCUGUGGACAACCUCUACGCCGAACCUAGCACACUAAGAUGGAUCCGUGAAAACUUGGACGUGAAGGAUUGCGUCAUCGUCAGUCCGGACGCGGGAGGUGCUAAAAGGGCAACUUCUAUUGCAGAUGGCCUGAAUCUAGGCUUUGCUCUCAUCCACAAAGAGCGUACCCGUCCCAAUGAAGUCUCACGAAUGGUGCUAGUCGGAGACGUGAAGGGAAAGACUGCUAUCCUCGUUGACGACAUGGCCGACACCUGCGGCACUCUCGUCAAGGCUGCAGACGUCUUAAUUGCAGAGGGCGCGAAAGAUGCUCUCGCCAUAGUCACGCAUGGCAUCUUGAGUGGCAACGCCAUAGAAGCCUUGAAUGGCAGCAAGCUCAAGAAGAUCGUCGUUACCAAUACGGUACCCCACGAGGACAAGAAAGAGCUUUGCGACCGCAUCGAGACGAUCGAUAUCAGUCCAACUCUUGCCGAAGCUUGUAGACGAACCCACAAUGGCGAGAGCGUUUCUUUCCUCUUCAAGCAUGCGCCGGUAGACUAAAAUGUUAGCCACCCUUGCGUACGACAAUUUGCUUGCAUCUAAAACCACCGGCGUUAUGGAGUAAAGAAAGGGGCUACUGCGGCAUGGCCAGUCUCUCAGGUUGAACCAAACAAGAUUCUUACACUACGAAUCCUCGUAUUCGUGUCUUGUUCCCAGGAGUUGUCUAGUGGUGAAGCUGCUGCUGUAACAUGUGGUUUUCGCUAUACCUGCACCAGUGACAUUCGAAUUUUCAAAUUCUGACAUCCUCGCUAAGCUAUGGCAGGUCACUGAUCGUGCUGUUGAUCAAGUUUGAUAUCUGAUUGCGGCUGUUACUUGUUUUGCUGACCUGUAGCCGCACCAAUGA